CUCCCGCUGAGGCAGCGGCGCUUGCGCCGGGCGGCGCUUCCGCCCUUCUCCGCAGCCCGGAGGCGCUCCCGACGGAGGCGAGCGGCGACGGAGCGGAGCCAUGAGGCCGCAGCAGGCGCCCGUGUCGGGCAAAGUGUUCAUCCAGCGCGACUACAGCGGCGGGACCCGCUGCCAGUUCCAGAGCAAGUUCCCGGCCGAGCUGGAGAACAGGAUUGAUAGGCAGCAGUUUGAAGAGACUGUCCGGACACUGAAUAACCUCUAUGCAGAAGCUGAAAAACUUGGGGGCCAGUCCUACCUUGAAGGGUGUCUCGCCUGCCUGACUGCCUACACCAUCUUCUUGUGCAUGGAAACGCACUACGAAAAGGUUCUAAAGAAAAUUGCCAAGUUCAUUCAGGAACAGAAUGAGAAGAUCUAUGCUCCUCAGGGCCUCCUUCUGACAGACCCCAUUGAAAGAGGACUAAGAGUUAUUGAAAUUACCAUUUAUGAAGACAGAGGUAUGACCAGCGGAAGAUAAAACUGUGGAGUCUCAGGUACUCUGCAGAUCCUGGGGUGCUUGUCUCAGUCUAGGUUGUUGGCAGUGUGUGCAGAAGAAAGACUGCAAAUAUUUCUGCCUGUUAUGCAGAAAGAAGUAAAGGGUUUAUUUCCUGUUAGACAAAUGGAAUCCAGACCCUGCCUUUCCUGCCACUGCCUCCUAAGAUAACAAAAUACAGCCACGUAAAGGUUUGUGUAGGGGUUUGUUGGGUUUGUUUAGGACUACUUUCUACUAAUCUGAAACUUCUUUUCUAGCAGAUAGCUCAACAGUGGACUUGCUGUAUCAAAGUUCCCCUACCUCCUACUUUAGAGCAUCAUUCCUUUCUUUGCUGCCAGAUCCACAGUGCCAUCUACUACAAGGACUAACUUCCUAAAACUGCUCCACGUGAGGUGACCCAGCUGGUCAGCAUCCAUUUUGUGGCAAACUUUUAAGCAAUGAGACAAUGAGAUCACUUUUUAGGUUUGGUUUGUUUUUAGGGGGGGGGGUGUCCCCCAAGAAAAAGCAGAAGUGGUAAAGCUAUGUACUCUUCUGAAAGAAACGGGGCUCUUUGCCCAGCAGCAGUCUAGUUUUAGUCACGUAAGUGCAGUGCUGUUCCUCCCUAGUUCUUAAACCCUUCUGUCCAUCAGAAGCUCUGCAAAGCUGCAAGUUGGAGUUGGGAAUUUUUCAGGAACGAGGCCUUCCCUCCAGUUCAGUGUUGGAGUGAGGGGACGCACAGUGCUUCUGCCUGGUGAGAAAGGGACUCAAGGCAACGAGCAUUUAACACUUCCCGUGCUGAUUCUCGUGGAAAACCUGAAGGCAAAGUGUUCCUUGUUUCCGUGUUUUGGUUGUCCCUAGAAAGGGGAGGAAUAGCUGGACUUGAAUCCCGGUGGUUUUUUUACUACUGUAUCCGUGCUGUUAUUGCAUCUGUCAGUGCUCGCCAGAAGAGGGGGUCUAUUCAUUCAGAAGCCAGUAAGUACAUUAAAAUGGAUGCUGAACCAAUAAACAUAACGACACCUACCCUUACUCUGAUUAAUAUGUGAAGUGUAAAACUGUUUCUUUAUGGAUUUAUUCUAUAUAAUUUAUAAGGAAAACACUGAUUUCACAAAGCGUUAGAUAUCGUGUGAGAUGGUUUCUUAAUUCUGUCUGCUGGCACACACUAUUGGAAAGUAGAACUGUGCAUUAGUAUCCCCCACGCAUCGACAUUCCUCAGCAAUACCUGCCAAAGUAAAGUUCCUACAAACUGAGCUGGCUUAAUAUAUUUCUCUUGUAUCCUUUUCCCUUAUCAAAGCAAGGAUAUCUGGGGUUUGAACGUCAUUGUCCAGCUGUAGAAGGAAUUCAAGGAGCUAGGAAAGCAGCAUAGGAGCGCUCUGGCUGUCGGUGGCACUGCAGGUGCUAAUUCUGGAUCUGAAAUUCCAGCUUCUUACUCAGCCACUGAUUUGUUUUUUUUUUCUUUUGAUAUUUAAUAUUUUAAUUGUAUAAAACUUGUUUUUUCUAAACUGUAACAGUGUUUGCCUUUCACAUCUCUUGCGAUAUUGGCAGAAGGACUAAUGGAUUAGUAAAUCUUUUCUUAAACCGUG